GUCUCUUUCAAACACAGGUUUGACGGGAUCUAUCCCUAGUGGCAUUUACUGGCUUCCUCAGCUCUCUUAUCUGUCUCUUUCAUACAGAAAUUUGAUGGGCUCCAUUCCCAGUAUCAUCUACGGGCUCUCUCAACUCUUUUAUCUGUCUAUUUCAAACACCGCUUUGACAGGAUCCAUUCCCAGUACCAUUUACUUGCUUGAUAAGGUCACUUAUCU